AUGGCUGUUCCUGGACCUCCUCUGCUCCUCCUUCUGUCUCUGCUGCUGCCGCUGCUGUUGAGCAAGGCAUGUCUGCCCGCAGCCGCGUACACAAUCAACCCGGGACGACAGCCACAGCACAAGCUCCUCCAACUGGACUGGCCGAGGGAUUGUGGUAUGGCUCACUUCAAGCCCAACAUGGUUGAGAGGAUUGUGUCUGGGAAUGAGGCCAGACCUCACUCCUGGCCCUGGCAGGUCUCUCUGCAGGUUCGUCCCAGAGGAAGUAAACAUUACAUUCAUGUCUGUGGAGGAACUCUCAUCCACAAGACCUGGGUUCUUACUGCAGCUCACUGCUUCCAAAAGGGUAAAGCAGAGGAUGCUGGGAGCUGGAGGAUCGUCCUGGGGAAACACCAGCUGAGGCGCUCGGAGACAGCAGAGAGGAUUUUCCCCGUGAAGAGAAUCUACCGGCACGAGAACUUCCGUUACCCGGCCCACAGCGAGCUGGACUACGACAUCGCCCUGGUGAAGGCUGGCACAGACAUCAACCCUUCAAACUUCAUCCGCUACGCCUGCCUGCCGCGCAAGAUGACCAGCCUCAGCCCGGGACACUACUGCUGGGUCACAGGCUGGGGAGACACCCGGGGUGGGAAGGAGAAUGUAUCUCUGGCAGAAGCCCUGAAUCAAGCGCGCCUCCCCAUCAUCGACUUCAAGACCUGCAGGCAGAAGAAAUUCUGGGGCGAUCGUGUCCGAGACUCCAUGAUCUGUGCCGGGUUCAGAGACAAAGAGGACCCGCCUGCUGCGUGCCAGGGUGACUCUGGUGGCCCUCUGCUGUGCCAGCUGGGGCGGGACCGCUGGGAGGUGCACGGCGUGGUGAGCUUCGGACCAAUCGGCUGCACUGUUGAGAACAAACCCAGCGUCUUCACCCGCACCGCCGCCUACAUCCCCUGGAUCGAGGCAACACGUAUCAGGGACUUCUUCCUGCACUAA